AUGGCCUCCGAGUUGAAAGGCGACAACGCGCCCACGUCCGUCAAGGAGAUCUGGGAGAAGACCAUCGCUCGCUUCCAGGAGCGUACGGGGCAAAGGCUCGACGGUGUCUCGAGAAGUUCUGAUGACCUCCAAAGGGUCCUUGAAGCCCAUUAUGCAACGCAAGCGGACGAUGAAGCUGCAUCAAAGGCGAAGUCCGUCGGCUUUCAGAUGAUAUACUGUAUCCAGCUCCUGGGCGGCCUCGUGGCCGAGGGUGCGUCUAUGGUAUUUGCCCCCGCAGGACUCUGUUUCAAUGCCCUUUCUUUCCUUCUGGAUAUUCCUAAAAAGGUCCAUGAGUUCCAUGGCGAAAUCAAUGCUAUCUUCGCAGAGGUCGGCCCGGCUCUUGCACAGUUCCGCAUCUACGAGCGCAUGGAAGAAACCUCGCAGAUUGACCAGGCGCUGCGCAUGUCCAUCUACCAGGUAAUGACAAGCUUGGUGAACCUGUGCGCCGACUGUAUCAAUAUCCACCACGAGGGCCGAUGGAAGAGUUUCAAACGCAACGCCAAGCGUGUUUUGCUGGACGACGGAUCUGUCAAGGAGGAGCUGGAUAAUUUCAAGACCCUCACUCAGAAUCAGCUAGAUAUCCAGGCGACGCUGACCCUCGAGGUCGCCGUGGAAACAGGCCAGCACGUCAGGCUUUUGCGAACCACGACAGUCGAGAUCGACGCCAACACAAAGGCCAUCAAGAGCGACGUCUCUGGUCUCGUGGAGGCAGAGCACAAGCGGUCGCUGGACGACAAUCGAAAGCAGAGCCUGAGCACCAUAAAGUCGAAACUCGACCAGAAGGGCGAGAAGAUCGCUUCGGCGCUCGAGGCUCGGGAUAAUAUGUGGAAGGGCUGCAUCCCGGACAGCGGGAAAUGGCUGCACGAGGUCGAUGCAUACAAGCAGUGGAUUGGAAGAAACGGCGCAACAGGGUCUCUACUCGCGCUGACUGGGGAUGUUGGAACCGGCAAAUCCUUUCUAGUCUCUACAAUAUUCCAAGAAAUUAGGUCUGGUAACCUGGCCACGAAGGCUGAGCGCACCUUGAUCGGCUACUACUCCUUCUCAAGAGUCGGGAAUGGGGACAGAGAGAGCGAGAGGCAUCGGCCUGAGGAUGCGAUCAAGUCGAUCUGCGUGCAGCUGGCGGAGCAGGACUUUGUCUACGCAAGGCGUGUUUCUGGUGUGUGUAACGAGCUGGGGAAGGACGAAAGGUACUUCAGGGAUGCCAGCUGCAAAGAGCUCUGGGCGACUUUGGAAAUAGGGGCACCGACGAAAAAUACGACGCAUUACAUUCUACUCGAUUCGAUCAGUGCCCUCAACGCGGAGGAGCGUGAGCGACUUGCGGAGGCAAUUGAACAAACCAGCCAAAGCAAGUCAGACCACGUCCGAGUGCUGGUCACUGGGGAGCCAAGCGCGUUCCAAGAAGGAAGGCUUUCAUCUUCCUCAGUGCAGAGUAUAGAAAUUUCACAGUUCAACGAGGUCGAUAUCAAAGCCUUCAUCGUGGAGGAGUUGAAGACGGCCACCGUCUUCCAGGGAGCGGACGAGGACUCGCAGCGACGCAAAAAGAUGGUCGAGGAGCGCCUCAUCAAGCGGUCCGGCAAUUCAUAUUCCACAGUACAGCACGAUCUGCGUAAGGUCCGAGAGAUUAUCGCGUCGGGUGGCACAGAGGAGGAGCUCAACCGGGCAUUGCAGGAGUCGAGCACAGACCCGGAUGCACUGGUGCGAUCGGACCUCGAAACGCUGGAAGCGGUUCUCAAGCCGCGCGAGAUCGAGGAGAUCAACGAACUUCUGAUCUGGGCAGUGGCUGGACACGGAUUCUUUGAUCUGGAAGAACUGGCGGCGGCGUUGUUCCUCUCCUUCAACACCGUCUCUCUGCUGCCGCUGGAGGAAAAGAUAAACGGAAAAUACUCCAAGCUCUUCACGUUGACCGACGGCGGCAGGUAUCUGGUCCUCAAAGACCAUGUCCAGGACUCUGUUGUUGCCCAGCGAGUCAAGCCCAGGCAGUCGGAGGAUGAGCCCAAGAUCACUGCCACGAUCAACAUCACCAAUGGCGAUUCCAAGCUGGUCCAGCGCUUCUUCUGGGACUUGAACCACCACACCUUCCAGGGCGGAUUUGCAUUCAACCCUGGGUCUGGAGCACCGAACUCCGGCAAAGGAAAGAUUCAGGUGUACGAAGCCGAUGCUCAUCUCGCCAUUGUGAAGCGAGCCUUCGACUUCUUUCUCCAACCAUCUGUCGACAAAAGAGCCAAUGCCCUGGGGCGGUACCUUAUGGCCUUUAUCCCCAUCCACCUCAAGGCCCUGUCCGAGUUGACCGGCCUGGAAGAGCUCCAGACCGCCGAUAAGCAAUUCAUUGGGUCGCAUGUCUACGAGAUGUUCAACGAUGGCGAUCUGAUCGAGCACAACUGGGAAUUCUGUGAGUGGGUGUCCUGGUACGGCAAUCAUGAAGACCUGGACAUCUUCUGGAAGUGGCUGGACGACCCAGUGGCAGUCGCCCGUCUAGGCCGGCGGGACAAGCGUUGGCUGGCCGAAUUGAAGAAAGACAACCAUCGCAAUUCAAGUCUGUUGACCCCCAUAAUGACGAUGGUUGCUCGACAUUGGCUGCAAGAGACCAGCUGGGGCGUCUCUACAGCAUUCUCCUGGAUACGCGAGUUCCUGGCUUUGGAUGCAGAACUGGAGCAGAAUAACGAAAGCAGUGGGGAUGGGGAGCCCAAGGGGUCGACCAAGGAUGAUGGUGGGCGAGUCAUUAUAUACCCUGACGACGACACGCCAAAAUCCAUCGCCAAAUCGGAGCAGUGGUGCCGGCAGGUCUUAAAGGUCACCGAAGCAGACGUAGACUCGACAUGGUUGACACGACUAGGUGACACAUACGCUGAAGAGGCGAGUGACAAUGAUAUCGCGACUGAGCACUAUAAGAAGGCUGCCUCGCUUCUUCAAGCUCAGGAUCCCGUCAACAAGGAACAGCUGCGAGACGUGCUCAAGGCUCUCAGCCGAUGGUCGACCGACUUGGAGAGUGCGCUACAAUAUCUCCAGGAAGCCUCCAAGCAGGACGAAGGAAACGCCGAGAUCCUCUAUUCCCUGGUCCAGCGAUAUGUUGGCAGCAAAAAUGAGGACAAGGCGCGAUCCAUCAUCCAGAAGGCCAUGGACGAGAAGGUUCCCGACACGGAAUCGACUCUGUUGACAGCUAUGCUCCAAGCCGCUGCGGCCAACGGCAACGAUGCCGAUGCGCUGUCUUUCUUCAAAGCUACUUAUUCACUGAUGUCCUCCUCUCCCGAGUGGUGGGCUGUCUUUCAACAUGAAAUGCAGGCAGCAAUCACAGUCGUCCGUGCAGAGAACAAGCACUACGAUCUCGCGAUACUACUGCUGCAGUUGGGAAUCGCCGAGUACUACCAAUACAGGGACUCCCCCACAGAACUGGCGAGUGCUGUAAGCCAUUUGCAUGAGUGUUUGGAGACAAUCAAAGAGAAGGCGACCGCCGAAGAACGAGAACGGCUUGAUAACACGAAGGAAGACGCCCUUUUUCAGCUCAGUAUGCUCCAUCUUGAGAAGGCGAUGCAACCGGACACUGAGGAAUCGGAGCAUGACUUGGACAAAUUACGGCAGAUUCAUGAGGAUAACCCAGAUGUCCCUGGCCCCAGGGCAAUGCUUGCGUCGUUGUACACUUUCAAGGGUCAGAGGGAUAAAGCCCGCGACCUCUAUCGAACCCAAUUGGCACAGGCAUUCGACAUCCUGGCUGAUGAUGAUUUGAACAACGAUGGCAGCGGAUUCCGCCCGCUUGGUAACCUUCUAAUCCACGCCGGAGAUUAUGAGAAUGCGCUGCGAGCUAGGUUGCAGCUUCCACCGUGGGUUUUCGACAAGGACAUACUGGAAGGGUUUCUUGCCGUAACGGAGCCGGUUUUGGAAGAAGCCACGGCAGAGCUUGUUCAGUUCUAUGAAACAGAGUGUUCGAGAGAGAGAAGAGCUUGGAAUAGGUUCCAGAAAAUUUGGAAGGAAGCGAAGAGACUGGGGUGCGAAGCCGAAGUCGGGAGUGAGCGGGCGACCUGGUACCAGAAGGUGGAUGAAACACUGGAGCAAAUCUCGCUGGCAGUCGACGGGGGCUUCAUCUGCAACAACUGCGAUCGCCCCUGGGACUUUGACACUGGUCUUCACACCUGCAAGUAUUGUUACGACAUGGACCUCUGUGAUGACUGCUGGAACGCGCUGCAAUCAGGCGGAAUUGGAAAGACUAUUGUAUGCAGGAGUACGCACGAUUGGUUCAAAAUCGCGCCGUGUACAAUGGAGAACCAUAUCCAGGCAUCUAGGAGGACAGUUUCCAUGAAUACCGACGACGGAGACGAGGAGUUGGUCCCUGUGUCCAAAUGGCUAGGGACGCUCUGUGAGGAAUGGGGUCUCUCCAAGGCUAACUGGGGGUUUGAGUAG